AUGAUUGAAGACCUCUUGACGGGCAAGAUGCCCGGACAGGCAUUUCUCUGGACCCUCUCACUCUUUGUUGUUAUCCUCAUUGCCCGCAAACUCCAGGUCUCCGCUCAGAUCUAUCGUCUUGGGGCUCGGGCUCCCAAGAUCUCGUUCCAUCUGCCAUAUGCUCUCGACUUCAUUUACAAGGGACAACAGGCCAAUCUGGUCCAUAAGGAUAUCGAAUUCUGGGAUGCUUCAAUCACCGCCGCGGGGGGUAUGCGAAACUGCAAGACCGCCGAGCUUGAUGCGGGCGUCUCCACUCGCGCAGUCAUGACCAAGGACCCAGAGAAUAUCAAAGCUCUUCUGACCGGCCAAUUCGCCGAUUAUGGCAAAGGCGAACCCUUCCACCGCGACUGGAAGGAAUUUCUUGGCGAUAGUAUCUUCGCCACAGAUGGAGAACUCUGGUCCAACUCCCGCAAGCUCAUCCGCCCCAUGUUUUCCCGCGACCGCAUCGUUGACACCGAAGUCUUUGAGAAGCAUGUGCAGAAACUCAUCCCGCUCCUGGGUGGUAGUACUUCGCUCAGGGGAGGCCGAGUGGUCGAUGUUGGAUCACUCUUCUUCCGUUAUACCCUCGACGCUGCAACAGACUACCUGCUCGGCCAAGGCACAGACAGCCUGGAGAAUCCUGCCACGCGGUUUGCAGAAGCAUUCAGAUAUGUGCAACAGCGCCAGGCCGAGCUUUUCCGAUUCGGAGUCUUCAGCUUCUUCAUGUCACGCACAGAAUUUCGCCGUAACUUGAAAAUCAUGGAGGAGUUCAUCCAACCAUACAUCGAAACCGUUCUCGCACUCUCCUCUGAUGAACUCGAGCAAAAGCUCUCCACGCGCGAAACUUUCCUUGAUGCCCUAGCUCGAUUCACCCGUGACAAGCAAGUCUUGCGCGACCAACUCGUCGCCGUCCUCCUUGCGGGCCGCGACACAACGGCCGGAACCCUCUCCUUCUGCUUCUCCGAACUCUCCCGCAACCCAGAAGUCGUCGCCAAGCUGCGCGAAGAAAUUCGCUCUCGUCUGGGCGUUGGUGAGGCGGGCCAGAAACCCACCUAUCAAGAUUUAAAGGAAAUGAAAUACCUGAACGCAGUCAUCAAUGAGACUAUGCGCGUUUAUCCCGUCGUUCCAUUCAAUGUGCGCUACUCAUUGCGCGACACAACGCUUCCUCGCGGUGGUGGUCCUGAUGGUCAAGAUCCUGUCGGUGUUCGCGCUAACACACGCGUGAUAUACUCGACCAUGUUGAUGCAGCGCGAUCCAGAUCUCUAUGACGGCCCAGACUCGAAGAAUUACUUUGAUCCGGGUAAGUGGAUUCCUGAACGGUGGGUUUCGGGCUGGUCGCCACGUCCGUGGCAGUUUGUUCCUUUUAAUGGCGGUCCGCGCAUCUGCAUCGGGCAGCAGUUUGCUACUAUCGAGAUGGGGUAUACUAUUGUUCGAAUCUUGCAGGCUUAUGAGCGUAUUGUUGCGCUGCCGGUUAGUGGAAAGGACAAGGUUGAGGAUCCCAUUCUGCGAUUCGAGAUUACGCUCAGUCCCGGCUCGGAGUUGAAUUGUGUGUUUGUGAAGGAAGGGGAGGAAUUUGCGCGCAGUUCCUCGCAGGCAUAG